CAUGAUACAUCAAAUCAAAAUAAACAUUCAACAAGUUGAUUGUUGUCGUUAAUCUAAAAUCGUGUUGACAUUCCUUUAAUCCUUUCGUUUUUUACUUUUACUUUUCCAACCAAUUUCUAGUUUUAUUAUGACCAUUUAUUUAUUUGCAACUGUAUCUUAUUGAUGUUGUCAUGGCAAACGGUGGUUGGCGUGAAUGCACGAAUUGGCUAACAAGGUGUGGCGCGAUCAGAUCUGAUCAUAAAGUCAAUUGGCCAGAAUCUACAAUCGACGAUUUAGCACAUACACUUAGGGAUGGAGUAAUUUUAUGCAAUCUUUUAAACAUUCUAGAGCCAGGAUGUCUUGGAACAAAAGACAUAAAUCAAAAACCACAAAUGGCUCAAUUUUUAUGUUUACGCAACAUAAAAACAUUUCUACAAGUAUGUCAAGAAGUUUUUGAUGUUAAAGAAUAUGAUAUAUUUGAUCCAAUUAUAUUGUUUGAACUAUCUGAUUUUUUCAAAGUUAUUCGUACUUUAUCAAUUCUAUCACAAACUCCAAAAUUACAAAGACUUCAUAUACCUGGAUUUAUUGUUACUAAACCAAGAACAUUAUCACAAGAAGACAUAUACAGAAACAUAAACUCAUUAGACCUUGUAUCUUCAAGAAGUGCUUUAUUAGAUUCUUUUCAUGAAAAUGAAUACACCAGUUAUGAUACUCAUAUUCGAAAUGAAGAAAUUUAUCAUGAUUUAUGUGCAAUCGACAUUCGAACUUCACUAUCUAUUUCAGAGCAUCCUGUAGUUCCACAACAAAUUAUUGAAAAACGAGACUAUGUCAUUAAUGAACUGGUUGAAACUGAAAAAAAUUAUGUUGAUGUAUUACAAACACUGUUAAAAUGCUUUAUAAAACCACUAAUAAAAAUAAUGAAAGAAGAUGAUUUUUGUACAAUAUUUCAAGGAAUAAAAGAACUUCAUGAAAUACAUAAGGAUUUUCAUUUGGAUUUAAUAAAAGCAUGUUCACAGUAUAGCUCCUUAAGGCUUUCUGAUGUCUUUCUUAAUUGGAAGGAUAAGUUUCUGGUUUAUGCAGAUUACUGUGCAAACCUGACAACAGCUCAAGAUAGAAUACAAGACAUUUGCAACCAAAAUGAACAUAUCAAUAGAGAAGUUAAUCGUUGCCAAGAAGAAGCUAAUAAUGGAAAAUUUAAAUUAAGAGAUAUCUUGUCUGUACCAAUGCAAAGGAUACUUAAAUACCACUUAUUAUUAGAUAAACUUAUACAUGAUACACCGCAGACACAUAAAGAUCUUCCAGGAUUAGAAUGGGCAAAAGAGUGUAUGGUAGAUAUAGCUCAAUAUAUAAAUGAAGUUAAGAGAGAUAGUGAUACUUUGCAAAUCAUGAAUGAUGUUCAAAAAAGUAUUGUUGAUUGGGAUAUUGUUGGAAUGACUGAAUUGAAAAACUAUGGUCAUUUAAUUGCUGAUGGUGAAUUAAAAAUAAAAGCACAUAAUGAUCAGAAAUUAAAACCAAGAUAUGUCUUCAUUUUUGACCAAGUCGUGUUGAUGUGCAAAUCGAUUAGAUUCAUUGGUUUCCAGAGUGAUCAAUAUUCUUUUAAGCAAUCACUUCUUAUAUCACAAUAUCGUCUAGAAGAUUAUACUAGCCGCAAAUUCUUAUAUAGAGAAAAUCGAUGGUCCUAUCAGUUUCACAUGGUUCACAAGUCAGAAAGCACUGUGUAUACAUUUUAUGCAAGAUCUGAAGAACAAAAGAUGAAAUGGAUGAAAGCUAUUCAAGAUGCCAUGGAUAAUAUUGAGCCAUCAGUAUGCAAUUUAACAAGUCACAAAUUUGUAAUGCAAACUUUUGAUAUACCAACCGUAUGUUAUCAUUGUUCGAAAUACUUGAAAGGCUGUAUAUUUCAGGGUUACAAAUGCGAAGAAUGUUUUAUUAGUGUUCAUAAAUCAUGCAUACCAGAAUCUGGGAGGUGUGGUUUAAUUAGUCCACAAUCUACUACCCUUCAAAACACAAUGUUUUCAAAUCGAUUUCCAGUUGAUCAUACCAAUUUCAAUCAACGACACAGAUCACCAGAUUGGACAAGAAAUUGGUCAGACAAUGAUACUUUAACAGAACAUUUGUGGUUUGUUGGAGAAAUGGAUAGAGAUCGAGCAACAAAUCUAUUGGAAAGCGAAUCUGAUGGUACCUAUUUAGUGAGAAUACGACCUCAAGGACCUACUAGACCAGUAGAAACUGUUUAUGCAUUAAGUUUAAAAUCCAAUAACCAAGUAAAGCAUAUGAAAAUAUGUGAGAGAUUAGAAGAUGGAAUUAGCAGUUUUUAUCUAUCAGAAAAACGGUUCUUUCCCAAUCUAGUUGAAUUAGUUAAUUUUUAUGAACGAAAUAGUUUGAGUGAAAAUUUUACUGGGUUGGACAUCAAACUGAAAUGGCCAUUUUGUCGAAUACUUGCUAUAGCCAAGUAUAAUUUUUCUCCUACUGAAUCAAACCAGUUACCAUUAAAAGAAGGAUGCACAUUGAAAAUUUUGAGCAAAGAAGGGGAUCAAAAAGGAUGGUGGAAAGGACAAAUUGGAGAUAAAAUUGGUUUUUUUCCAAAAGUUUAUGUACAAGAACACUCACAGUGUACAUUAAAAAUUUCAAAUUAAAUUUGAUUCUAAUUCAGUUGUAACCAAUGCUUUGAUCCUUUUACAACCAGAAGAAGAAAAUAACUUUUGAGGCUCGGGACCAAAUGUAAUUAUCUGCAAUAUUUCGCUAAAAAAAAAAGUGAAUGAUAUUAUUAAGUACAUUUUACAAAUAAUCAAUGCCAUACAUGGUUAUUUAUUUUUAACUGUAAUAAGUCUCAAAAAUGUGUCAUUAUACAUUUUAAUAAUUUCCCAUAAAUUUGAUCAAUUGAAAAUUCAUUGAUAUUUAAGUUAAUUAAGAUAGUGAACAAUAUUUUAUUUUAUGUGCUAUAUUAAGAAAUAUAUUUAAUUAAAUAUUUAUAAUUUUGUAAAGUUAAAAUAUAUAUUAAAAUUGUGUCUA